GAUAUGUCUUUUCCGGGUUCGGCUGAGCCUGGGGCCGCUCUAGGCGCCGCCUCUAUGGCUCUGGAGGCCCGGAGUGGGCACGGUCGGGAGGGGGCGGCACUCAGCCAAUCGACGAAGAGAGCAGAGGCCCCAUGCCUUUGUGGGGAGGGUGCACUGGCCAAUCAGGACUCAGAGAACCAAAGCGCACAAUCGAGACGCGAUUGGAUGGGCGAGGUGGAGGUCUCCGCUCUGGCCUAUGCCAAGAUGUGCCUCCACGCCGCCCGGCACCCCCACGCCACCAUCAAUGGGCUGCUCCUGGGGCUCCGGGGGGGCCCCCCCGAGUGUCUGUUCCUCACCGACUGCGUCCCCCUUUUCCACAGCAACUUGGCUCUCAGCGUCAUGCUGGAGGUGGCGCUAAAUCAGGUUGAUCUGUGGGCGUCCCGCUCUAACCUGCUGGUGGCUGGGUACUACCAGGCCAAUGCCAGGCUGGACGACAUGAGCCCCACCCCUCUGGCUCUGAAGAUGGCUGGACGCCUGGCCGAGUUCUUUGAGGGUGCUGUAUUGAUCAUGCUGGAUAACCAGAAACUGACUCUGAACCCCCGUGUGCCCCCCAUCAUUGUGCUGGAGCAGCGAGAUCGGCACUGGCUCCCCAAGGACAAGAACCUAGUCAUGUGGCGCAACUGGGAAUCCUCCCGCCACAUUUGCAAGUCCCUGCUGGAGGCUAAAGCUCACACCCAAUUGGUUGACUUUGAUGCCCACCUUGAUGACAUCAGACAGGACUGGACCAAUCAGCACCUCAACACUGAGAUCGCCCGGCUGGUGUCUGUCGCCAAUGGCAGCGCCUGAGGGACCCUAUUGGCUGGCCUAGGAAACCGGGGCUGUAUUCUGAUUGGACUGCUUGGAACAAUGGCACAACCCCAUUCGCUGGCCCCAGUAAAGACUCAACUGAC